AUGAAGCAGAUCUGGGAAGAAGGCUUCAAGGCGUAUGUGCGUCAAUGGUGGAAUUGGUUGGAUUUCAUAAUGCUCACACUCUUUCUUACUACCGUGGGUCUACGUGUGGUGGGCUUGAUUCUGCGCAAGACCGAGCGCUACGGCUUCGACCUGGCGGGUCGCGAGCAUUGGCCACCAGACGAUCCCACUCUUCUCUCUGAGGCCUUCUUUGCCAUAGCCCACAUCUUCUCCUUUGCUCGAAUCAUCUUCCUCUUCCAGGUAAAACUACCACUCUCUUAUACACACUGA